AUGAACCUCAACACAAUACUAAAAUACGAUCGCAUCUCUUCAUCUCCCUUGAUCGUUGCAAACGGAAAUGAAGAUGAAGAAGAUAUGAUACCUAUAUUAGAUGAAGAUAAAUCUGAAUCAGAUAAAGCAGACGUUGAAAGUGGAGAAUAUGAUCUUGAUGAACCUGAAUUUCUCCAAUCUUAUCCUACUUUAUCCUCACCUUUUAAAUAUUUCAUUUUCUUGAGUUUUUUCGUCGUCUUACCUGUUGGCGCAGGAGUAUAUUUCUACGGAGGAGGAAAAGAGAAAUUUAGAAAGUGGAAAUCGAAUAAAGGUUAUCAAAAAGUUCAAGGUGAUAGAGUCUAG